AUCAUAUUUAAAACAUCAAUAUUUUAAACAUUCUGGUGAUGUGUUACUAAAAUGUUCCAUCCCUAGCCGCGGUCCCCUGAAAAUUUAGAAAAGAGCCCAGAACCCCUUUGUUACAAAUAAGACAUUUUAUUACUGUAAAUAUGAUAAAUUUCGAACUUUCCCCUUUCGUUUCGUAUUCUGAAUUGUUUCAUAUCAAAAUAUCAUUUACUAGCGUUUAACAUUUAAGGUUAUAUAUGAAUGAUUUUUAUAAAGUUUAUUGUGACUUCCUCAGGGUUAUUCGUGAAACGCAGCCAGUAUUCUAAGUGAAUAGAACGACUCAGCACGACUACUUUAGGAACCGCUCUGAGCUGUAUUGAAAAAUUUCCUGAAGAUUCACUUCGUAGAAAAUAAACUGUUCACCUCUGAAAUCUUGAGGUGCUACAUUUCUUUCCUUGUGUAUCGUCGCUUAACCGACAACGUGACUACUGAACGCCAUAAACAUUGCUCACACCAAUCUCAGUGCUACUGUCUACUCCUGGGAUGUGUCUACCUUAGCCAGACGUUGGGUAGAGAAAGAUAUGGUGGUGAGUAUAUUGUGGAUGUGACUUCUCUGAUGGCUUGCUUUAUAGCAAUAAUGAAUGCUUUUCUUUAUUACGCAUGCAUAAAGCAGCCCUGUGCAUCUUGCACAUGUGUCUGAUGUACUGCCUGUUAGUGGAGGUCCGAGAGAACAAUGAUCCCUCUGCAAGUCCUGAACUGCAGUCCAAUGCAGAUCUCCGUGGUGUAAAGGCCUCCGAGAAGUUUCCCAAGGAAGAAGAUGCAGUAAGUGGUGUUCUCACAACUCCCUAGCGUCCACCAGCCGAACCUCCAAACUGUGCACUGCGCUGGAAAACAGAGCUAGGCCUACCUCAAAAAAUGCGGCGAUAAAACUGAACUGUUGUACAAAAUAUACGAUGGUACAAAUUAAAAACUUUAAGAUUCCGGAAUAAACGCAAUGAAUCCACUGGAUGUGAGCGUCUGCGAUAUGUUAUACAAUAACAAAUGUCCUGAGAUUAUCCCGAAGUUAGUAGUUUUGCUGGUGCACCUAAAGGUCCGUCAAAGAACGAGUUUAUAUGGGAAGUGUAUUUCUUUUAAAUGAUGAAAAAUAAAUUUCAGGAUUACUUGUCACAAGGAGGCAAAAAACAUAAUUGGUCAUUUCCCCUUUAUUCCUAAACAACUUCCUACCUUCUUUCUCGAUAUUAAUGUUCCUGGACGCUCCUGUAUUUGGCAGGAGAGACGAUACCAAGGAUUUCAAAUCUCUUUCGUUCCGAGAGCUUUUGCACGGUGGGUCGAUGAACACUUGAUAUUAUUCAGGACAUUGUGAAAAAGAGAGCAGGUAAAAUUGUCAAUUGUGACAUGUGGUCCUCCAAGAUAC